AUGGAACUCUUUCUACUACUGUGUUUCCUUUCCUCCAUUAUCCUCCACCUCUGUGCUGGCGAGCUCUCCAACUUCGACGACUGGGAUCAUCAACGGAUCAAGCUGGACGACGUCUCCAUCCACCUCCGAUACCAUGGCUCCGGCCCACCCAUUCUCCUCGUCCACGGCUUCCCUCAGCACUCUCUUACAUGGCACACUAUCGGCCCCAUCCUCGCCCAAAAUUACACUGUCAUUGCCCCUGACAUCCGCGGCAUGGGCGACUCUUCACUAUCCAGCACUGCUAACUAUACCGCAGCAGCGGCUGGUGCAGACCUCAAAGGCAUCCUCGACUUUCUGCGCAUCAACCAGACGUAUAUUUUCGCGCACGACAAAGGCGUAGGCCUCGCCACCUCGCUGGCCAUCGAGCACCCUGAGGUUGUAAGCCGGUUCAUCCUCGCCGAGUAUGCGCUCCCGGGCUAUGGCUACCCCACGGAAGUGACGAGCCCUGAUUUGUACCAGAACUGGCAGCUCUCCUUCUUUGGCGUACCUGAUGCAGCCGAAUUUUUCAUCUCAGGCCGCGAAAAGCAGAUGCUGAGUUGGUACUUCUUCCACGCAUCCUACUCCGGCACAGCGGCAGUUUCGGUAGAUCAUCUCCAGCGCUAUACGAAUGAAAUCUCCAAGCCUGGGUUCUUGAGAGCCGGGCUGAGCUAUUUCGGUACAGCUUGGGACGAUGAGAGGUACUUCCAGGGCGCAUUUGAGGGUGGGAACAGGUUGACGAUGCCGAUGCUAGCGCUGGGUGGCGAAGCUAGUUUUGCGCCGGCUUCGCUGCUGAAUGAGAGCUGGGGGGGUGUUAGUUCGAAUUUUGUGGCCGAAGUAAUUCCUAAGGCUGGGCAUUGGAUUGGCGAUGAGAAUCCGACCUGGACUGCCAACCGAGCUUUGCGGUUCUUUGGCAACGGAGACAGAAUACCGAGUGUGGAUUUAACGUACCUCAGCGAUAAGGUAACUUUGGUUGAUCAGUAG